AUGGUGCAGCUCAACGAGUCCCCCUCCUUCGACGAGGUCCCGUGCCACGCCGACAUCCCGGGCUCAAUCACGUUUGCCCGCGGUCGGCAGAGGCUCAACAUCAUCACCGACGACGAGCUGAAGCAAAUUACCGCCCGCCUGAACAAGGUCGGCGCAGAACGGACAACGGCACUCUCGUCGUGA